AUGAAGUCGGUGCUGAAACGAUACCCCGAAACACUCCUGAUAGUAGAGGAGGAUGGACACGCCCCCGCACCACGGCGUCGCCCGGUCCGGACCGCACAAAGGCCUUCGAUCGGGCUCGGCAGGUACUCGGAGAUCAAACGGCUGCUGGACAGCGGAGCGGAUCCGAAUGCCCGGCUGAAGUACAAGCUGGGGCCGAAGGAGUUCCAAGGCUCCCCUUUGACGCUGGCGGUGAAGCUGGACAAGCCCAAUGUGGUGCGUUUGCUCUUCGCCAGCCGCGCCGAUCCGGAAUCCACCUAUUCCAUGACGGCAGGGCGUUCCCAAAUCCACUGGCACGGCCCGGCGGUCUGCGGCACCGUCGCGCGCGGGAACUUGUCGAUGAUGCGGCUCUUGGUGGAGUUGGAGGCCAACCUCAAUGGGCGAUUGGUGAGCUUCAACGGUGAACCGAAUGUCACCCUUCUCUACGACGCCUCCUACUUCGGGCAUGCACACCUGGUGCGCUACCUGCUGCAGCAGAAGGGGAACCCGGACAUUCCCGUGAAGUUCCAGGAUGACAUGAGCAUCACGAAGACGCCGCUGCACAUCUCCGCGAGCUUAGGCCAUGCGGAGGUGGUGCGCGUGCUGCUCGCGGCGAAGGCCCAAGUGUCCCACAGCGCAGUGCAUGGUGGAGGACCUCCCGAGCUCAAGGAUGCCGUCGACGGAUGUCAUGUUGAGGUGAGGGAGCAGGGAGGAGGGAGGAGGUUUGGAGUGGAGAUGCCUGCGUGGUGUGGACUACAUCUUUGA